CUCUCUCUCUCUCUCUCUCUCUACCAAUUUCAAUUUCUAGGAAAAAAUCAAACUCUCCAAAAGCCCAAUUUUAGCCAAUGAUUUCUGUGUUAUUACAAUGGGUAAAAUGCAUUGAUUGGUGAAAUUAUUCCUUAGAAUCAGUUCCAUUUUCAAAACAAAAAAACAAGAUUUGAAAUUCAUUCCAUACCACUCUCAAUUCUCCAUUUCACCAAAAAACUUCCCAUGAAAUUCAUUUUAGCAGAAAACACUUUACACAGAUAGCAAAAGUAGAAAAACCAUUUUCUCAGACAGCAUUUCACCAGAAAUUCCCAUUUCUACAUCUUCAGGUAAAGUUCAUUUUGAACAGAAUGGUUUGGUUGUCCGUGAACUUCCUACAAAUGGCCAGAGUUCAUUAGUUUCACUUACUCUGUUUUAUCAAAACAGCUCUGUUUUUCAAUCUUGAAAAUUUACAGAAUUCAAAUGCUUUCAUCUCUAUAAUUCUUCAAUCCAUGGAAAACCAACAUCCCAGCCUUUCUCGUUUCUUCAUUUUGGUUCUUGUUUUUGCAUUUUUCUUUCCGUUCUCCAUCGGGCAAUUGUCGUCGGAAACCCGACUCCUCUUCCGCGUGCGGCGCCUUUUGGAGUACCCGCCUGCUCUCUCCAGCUGGAACAACUGGACUAACUUCUGCUAUCUUCCUCCUUCGCCGUCUAUGACGAUCGUCUGUUCUCAGAACAAAAUAACUGAAUUAUCUAUCGUCGGAAACAAAGGCCCACUGCCUUCUCCACCAUCGCAGAAUCUGUCCCAGAAGAGUCUUUUCGCUGUUUCUCCCCAGUCUCUAUCUUCAGCUUUCUCGAUUGAUUCGCUCUUCACCACCCUUUCUAAACUCUCGAGCUUGGAUGUGCUCUCGCUCGUAUCGUUGGGGUUGUGGGGGCCGUCGCCCACAAAGAUUCAUCGGUUCUCGUCGCUCCAAGUGCUGAAUUUAAGUUCGAAUUUCAUCUAUGGAGAGAUCCCACCACAGGUUUCGUCGCUAACGAACCUACGGAGUCUUGUUCUGGACAAUAAUCUGUUCAAUGGGACAGUUCCGGAUCUUAGUAGCUUACCAGGUCUCGAAGAAUUGGAUGUGGGAUGGAAUUUGCUCGGGCCCGAAUUUCCUUCUCUGGGGAAGACGGUCGUAAGUGUCGUAUUGAGAAACAAUGCGUUCCGCUCCAACAUUCCAUCUGAACUUGAACACUGUGAUCAGAUGUGGAGAUUGGAUCUCUCUUAUAAUGAGAUUGCCGGGACAGUCCCAUCAUGGUUGUUUUCUCUGCCAUCGAUUCAGUACCUGAACUUGGCCGGAAACAAGUUGACCGGUGUGCUUGCAACGGACGUUUCUUGUGGCAACCAACUUGGGUUUGUCGAUCUUUCUCGCAAUCUUUUGGUCGGGGGAUUGCCUCUCUGUAUCUAUUCAAAUUCCUCGAAGCGGACUGUGUCGUAUUCAUGGAAUUGCUUGUCAUCAGGAGACUUGAGGUACCAACAUCCUUACAGAUUCUGUCAAAAGGAAGUUGCAUUGGCUGCAGUGAUGCCUCCGCUCCGUAACAAAUCAUCAAAGAGCAAGCUAGGCCUUAUAAUCGGUAUUGCUGGAGGAGUCGUGGGAGGCGUGGCUGCAUUGGCGAUUUUAGUAUGGGUGAUUUUAACAAGGGUAGGUGCGAAAAGAGCAGAGAAUGGUGGAUUGCAGAAAUCCAUCACAGAAAAAACUCCAACACGUUCUCCGAAUAUAGUCUCCAAUGCAGGGCAUAUGUCGCAUGCGAUGAGGUUAGGAGCGAUUGGGCUCCCACAGUAUCAUGUUUUCACUCUGGAGGAAAUCGAAGAAGCAACGAAUAAUUUUGACCCAUCAAAUUUGAUUGGGGAAGGAUCGCAGGGUCAGUUGUGCAAGGGUAGGAUCAGAGACGGCUCUGUGGUUGUGGUGAGAUGUUUGAAACUGAAACAAAAGCAAUCUAUUCAGAGCUUAACACAGCAUAUGGAAGUGAUAUCGAAGCUCAGGCAUCGUCAUUUGGUCAGCAUUCUGGGACACUGCAUUGUAACUUAUCCAGAAAACCCGAAUGCAUCCAACACCAUCUUCCUUGUCUUCGAAUACAUCUCGAAUGGGACGCUAAGGAGUCAUAUCUCUGAACGGCAGAAGCAAGAGACAUUGAAAUGGCCACAAAGACUCAUGACUGCUAUUGGUGUUGCAAAGGGACUACAGUUCUUGCAUAUGGGAAUGGUGCCUGGUAUCUUCGGGAAUGAUAUAAAGAUAGAGAAUAUUUUGUUGGAUGGGAAUCUCACAGCGAAAAUCAAUGGCUAUAAUCUACUGAUUCCGUCAAAAGAUAAGAUUACUAAGGUUGGUUCGGAGAGCCCCUUCAGUAGAGUAGAAGUUGACAACCAUGGCAGCAUUGGCCAUGGAGAUAAAGAAGAUGUCCAUCAACUUGGUAGAAUUCUACUCGAAGUCAUUACGGGUAAAACCAUCACAUCUCAGAGUGAAUUGGAUGAAUUGAAACUUCAGCUACAGAGGAGCCUAACAGAUGCCCCUACAAAACUGCGAGCAGCAGCAGAUCCAUCCAUCCGUGGGACCUUUGCAUACGAGUCCUUAAGAACUGCAGUUGAGAUCGCCAUCAACUGUCUAUCGAACAAUCCUAGCCAGCGCCCAUCAAUAGAAGAUGUUCUCUGGAAUCUGCAGUACUCAGUACAGGUUCAAGAAGGAUGGGCUAGCAGUGAGAAUCUCAGUACACAUUCAUAGAUGUAUUGAUGCAACCUUUGUUCUGAUAUUUCUACAGUUAUUUGUAUUGUUUGAUUGUCUUCAGAAGCUUGCUAUGGUUUCUUCUUUGUAUAUUUUGGUCUAUUAUAGUAAAAUCACUUAUGUUGUGCUUCA